AUGAGUGUUGUGAAGGCUCCGUUUCGGUUUAGGAAGACUAACCUAAGCACGAUAAUGAUGAUCGCCUAUACGGUGAUCACCAUUGUUUAUGUUUGGGAUCACUUCCAUUAUCAAUUUGCACCGCCUCAAGAGAUGGCCACUUCUAAAAUGCUUGAGGAUGCUUGGUUGGAUUUGGAAAUUAUUACGCAGUAUCCGCAUCCAUAUUCUUCUCACGCCAAUGACAAGGUACACGACUACUUAUUGGAACGUAUUACAGAUAUUACAAAAGAUUCAAGUUUUGCACAUGUAUCUGACGACUAUGGAACAGGAAUACGCACAUUGUUUAGGGAAGAAGAUAUUUUAAAGUCUAAAUCGCAUGACUCAAAGGUUGUUUACUAUGAAUCUUCCAAUGUCUUGGCGAAAGUUGAAGGUAGAGAUCCCACAUUAGAGGGUUUGUUAUUAUCUGCACAUUUUGACAGUGUUCCGUCUGGGUUUGGUGCUACUGACGAUGGUAUGGGAAUUGUAUCAAUGUUGGCGAUUUUAGCAUAUUACGCUAAAAAUCAACCCGAACGUACAAUUGUCUUCAACUUCAAUAACAAUGAAGAGUUUGGUCUGGCUGGCGCAUCCGCCUUUUUUGAACAUCCUUGGUCUAAAGGUAUUUCAUAUGUCAUCAAUUUAGAAGGAGCAGGUAGCGGAGGCAAGGCUGUAUUGUUUAGAACAUCAGACGUUGCAACCGCAUCUGUAUACGCUGACGCUGUUCGCGACCAACCAUUUGGCAACUCCAUGUACCAACAGGGAUUUUACUCCGGUCAUAUUGGUAGUGAAAGUGAUUUUAGGGUUUAUCAGGCGCAAGGCUUGCGUGGUUGGGAUAUUGCAUUUUAUAAACCCAGGAAUUUGUACCAUACCGCAAAGGAUACCGUCUUGUACACUAGCAAGCAAGCGUUAUGGCACAUGUUACACACCACCUUACAAUUAACUGCACACAUGGCGGUCAAUAAACCUGAGAUGGAGGAUACUAGCAGUGCUGUUUACUUUGACUUAUUUGGUAAAUGGUUCGUGGUUUGGUCAGCAAAAAGUUUAUUUUACUGGAACUGUAUUAUUCUAGCGUUAUUCCCAUCAUUGCUAGCUAUAUUGUUCCUUAUUGCACAUGAUCAACAAGCUUUGAAUGUGAACCUAUGCGGUGCCAUGUGUAGAUUACCUGUUUCUGUGGCCGUUGCUUAUUUUGGAGUUAAACUAUUCCAAGUUUUGGUAGGUCAAAUUAACCCAUAUGUUUUUUCUAGAGACUACGUCCCCCCCAUAGUUGCAGAGGCUUCCUUGUUUGUCUUCAUUAACUAUCUUAUCCUAUCAUCCUGGGAACAAUUGCGUCCAUUGCGUGAUUUUAAGACUCUUGCCUUAGUUGAGGUUUCCAUGUUUUUAUGGGUUUAUUUGGUGUCUGUUACCCGUUGGUUACGGGACUCAAAUUAUAAGGCCACAGGUGUCUACCCGUUUACUGUUGGUUACGUUUUUGUUUCAAUUGGUGCGGUCAUUGGAGUUUUCUGCGCAACAUUAAAAGCUAAAUAUUCAAUGGCAAAACGCUUCCCAAUCAGGACUAGGAAGAUCACCCACAAGAGAAGAGGCUCUGAUGCCCCUCAAGUUGUUAUUGCAGUUGAAAACACUAUAAUAGAUACCGAAAACACUCCAUUGUUAACACCUUCACAAAACUCUCACCCAGGGAGUGCAAAAUCCGCUGGUUUGGAUUGCGAUGAUGAUGAUGAUGAAGGAAUUGUCGCUACCUUACUCAACUACGACUGGAGCAUCCAAUUCUUGGUAGUUACACCAGCCGUAACUUAUUUCACUUGGGUUUGUUUGGAUUUAAUUAUGAGUGCUAUGAACCAGACCAUUCAAGAGAAUGCUAAAAGUACCACUUUUGUCACACAUAUGGCUUUGAUUGGAAGUUUGUUGCUUACUUUGCCAUUACUUCCAUUCGCUUACCAGUUGCACUCUGUAGUAGCACUGCUCUUUUUAGUUUUAGCCGUUGUCGCAGGUUUCUGGACCAUUGUCGUACCACCAUUUACUGAAUCGUCGCCAUUGAAGUUAGAGUUCGUACAAACCAUUGACUUAGACAUGAAUAAUUCAUCAACAGUUUAUUUAUAUGGCCGUGAAAAGGCUUUCAUGGAACCCAUUUUGGACGAUAUACCCAGUGUGGACGGUUAUGAAUGUCAUGGAAUGAAUAGUAACGGUGUUGAUGUUUGCCAGUAUACUGGUAUGCUUCCAAAGAUGUUUGACAAAGACCAUAAUAUCCAUGAGGAUUGGGGAAACAUUAUGACUGUAGAAAUUAUUAACGACGACAGGAAUUCAAGUUCAAGAACUCCAUAUCAACCAAUCACAGCAGAAUUGAGAAUUAAUGUUGCUGACAACCGAGUUUGUACAUUAUCUUUCAACAGCACGAAAUUCGAGUCAUGGAAGCAUGCAAACUCACCUGUUAGAGAAGUGACAAUCCUUAAUGAAAAAGGCAACAAUAAGUCCGCCAGUGUUGGAAAUAAUAAGCUUAAGAAUGGUUAUUUUAAAGACGAAGAGGGUAACGACCACUUCCGCUGGAACAACGGUAUUACUGAAUUACAAUUGCAUAAAUUAGAUUUUGACCGUGGCUACUAUUCUGUCAGCCUAGAAUGGAUUCCCCAAGUAUUGUACCGUGCCGAAAGGAACGAACCGCAGGUGAUGGGCGACGACGAUGAUGCAUUGGGUGUGAGUAUAACCUGUUAUUGGGGUGAAUAUGACACCAACUCUAUUACUGAUGGCUUUGCAACGACUAACGUUCCUGCAUAUGACGAAUUGAGAAAGUACUCUCCAAAAAACAUCAUCUAUUCCAGUAGAGAAAAAGGUAUGAUUUUGGUUAAGAAAUAUAUUGAAUUGUAG